CAGACGAACCACACAACGAGCCAGUACAAUGAUCUCAAAGGUCGUCAUUUUCUUGGGCCUCAUGGUCGUCACAACAUCAGCCGACAAGCGACCACCAGCAUACUCUUAUAACGCUCCUCAGGCUUCCCUUGAAUAUUCCGACGAGUCCACUGAGGCCAAGUACGACUUCGACUGGGCCGUGAAGGACGAGUACUCAGGCAACGACUUCGGCCACCAGGAGUCCCGUGACGGCGACCACACUCAGGGGUCGUACUACGUCCAGCUGCCCGAUGGUCGCCUCCAGACUGUGACUUACUACGUGGACGGAGACUCAGGCUACGUAGCUGACGUCCAGUACCAGGGAGAGGCUCGUUACCCAGACUCAGUUGAGUCCAGGGAAUACUCAGCUCCAAGGCCAUCUUACUCAGCCCCUAGGCCCACUUAUUCAGCUCCUAGGCCUACUUAUUCAGCCCCCGAUUCAGAGGAAUCCAACGAGAGCGGUCGCCCUGUAUAUGGCUGAGAAUCAAAUCCUGUGAAGACAAACGAGUAACCUUUUACCAGCAGAAUGAUUUGAGGACGAGAUGAAGAAAUGUAAAUAUACAAUGUACAGCACAGAGUAAAUAAAUUAUUGAUGCAUCAUU